AUGGCAACCCCAAUAAGAGUAUCAACACCAAAAUCUGCUACUUUUCCUAGGUCACCUACUACUACGCCACCACCUUUGGCAACUGAAGAGAACUCCAUCUCAGUAAAAGUUUCAAAACUUUUGACCAAUCCCGUUGACGAUGCUAAAACCAAAGCAGCAUUAGAAGCUUUAUCAGAGUUCUAUACAAGUAAUACACCGAUAGCACGACGUAACCUGAGAGGACAGGUUGAACUAAAAGUUAUUGAGACAAAUCAAAACUUUUUGGGAGUUUUUGAUAAAGUUGUUGAGCAAUUGUCUAUUAUUGAAACGGAGAUUCAUUCAAUGAGCAAAUUUUGUAAUGAGAUGGAAACUCGUCUUGAAUCGGCUAAUCAACAAACUGCAUUUUUAUUAGAACAAGCGGAUAGCUUAAAAUCGCAAAGGGAAACGUGUAAAACGCGGAAAAUAUUGAUUGAUGCAUUUUUGCAACGUUUUACUCUUUCGGAAAAAGAAAUCUUUGUAUUGUCUUCAGGGGAUUCUGAAAUUGGACUUGAAUUUUUUGACGCAUUAAAACAUUUGCAACAAAUCCAUGGAGAUUGUGAUGCAUUGUUAAUUACCGAGAAUCAAAGAGCUGGCCUCGAAAUAAUGGAAAGAAUGAAUGCAUAUCAAGAAACAGCAUUCGAUAAACUCUAUAGAUGGACUUUAUCAGAAAUUCGAACUCUGGGACGUGAAACAUUAGAAAUACCCAUGACUCUGAAAAAUGCAUUAAAGACUCUUAAACAGCGACCUGUGCUUUUUCAAUCUUGUUUAGAAGAACUUGUUUAUAUUCGACGAAAUGCAAUCAUACGAAUUUUCAUGGAUGCCCUUACUCGUGGUGGACCAGGAGGUACACCUCGUCCAAUUGAAGUACAUUCACGCGAUCCUUUGCGUUAUGUGGGCGAUAUGCUUGCGUGGGUUCAUCAAGCUGUUGCUGCUGAACGAGAAUUUCUUGAAGGACUGUUUGACACGAAUAUUGAAGGGGAAAACAAUGGAUAUCGUGAUAUUGAACCAACAUUAUCAGAAAAUGCGGCAAAGGAAAGUGAUGAUAUAAUAAUUCAAGAUCUAUUAGAUCGGGAUCUUGAUGGCACUUGUCGCCCAUUAAAAACGCGCGUGGAACAAGUUCUGGGCUCGCAACCGGGAGCAAUUACCGCAUACCGUAUAGUGAAUUUAAUUCAAUUCUAUAAAUUCACUAUUUCUAGAAUUUUGGGUCCGAAUGCUGCUUUAUCUGUUGUACUUGAGGACAUUACUGAAUCUGCAUCUCGUGUGUUUUUUAAUACUCUUAAUUUUCGAGCAGAACAAUUAUUACGAUAUGUCCAGGCACCCGGUACAGAUUUAUCACCACCACCAGCCGUUAAAGAGACAAUUUUGCAAUUGAAUGAAAUUAUGGCCUCUUACGAGACAUCUCUUGUAGCUUCUUCCGAACGAGAACGAGAUUUCGCAGGAAUACUUAAUGCCAUCUUGGAUCCGUUGUUGCAAAUGUGCGAAAUGGGUGCAAAAAAUUUAUCGCGCUUUAAUGAAGCCAUAUACAUGAUUAAUUGUUUACAUUAUGUUCAGUCUGCUUUGGUUGCAUAUAAGUUUACCCAUGGACGCGUUACCACACUUGAAGCACAAAUCGAAGAGCAUUUAGAAAUAUUAGUAGAUGAACAGUACAUGAGUCUUUUAGAGCAAUCAGGAUUAGCUCCAUUAGUUCGCGCUUUAGAAACUAAAGAUGAGAAUACUCCACUAUCCCUUCUCCCAAACAUGGACACACGAUCACUAACAGGUUUAAUGGCAAAACUAGACUCUUUUCUAACUCUAGGCGAUGCCGAUAAUUUCCGGUUAUUGGGAAACCCUAAACCCUUAGUAAAACGCGUGAAUCAACGUGUAUCACGCCUUUUUGUUGAAGCCUACAAAAGGCUCGUGGAUGCUAUACGUGACCCGAAAAAUCGAUAUGAAUUUCCUGCUACUAUUUUGAUUAGAACUGUUGAUGAAGUGGAGACGCUGGUUUCCAGUGAUUGA